UGUGGACGUGUGUACUACACACUGUAGUUGCUUGGCUGUUUUAGAUCUAUUCUUGUCUGCUUAUGUCAAUUGUUUGACUAGUAAUAACUACGUUCCUUUUAUUUCUGUAAAGAUUGAUAUGAGUUUUUUUUAAAGUUCUGCUAAAUUCUUCUGUUGCUUAUCGGUGUAUUGGAAAUUGUUAAAAGAAAAAUUUUCAUAAUUAUGGCAGUUGCGUCAGAAACUCUUACACUCGGAAGAGACAUCAAAAGAUCAAUUGAAUUACUAGAUAAACUUCAAAAAAGUGGGGAAAUUCCCGUAACAAAAUUAGCUACUCUUCAGAAAGUUUUACAAAGUGACUUUCUACAUGCAGUUCGCGAAGUCUAUGAACACAUUUACGAUACUGUCGAUGUUCAGGGCUCACAAGACGUUCGAGCUUCAGCAACAGCCAAAGCAACGGUAGCUGCAUUUGCUGCAAGUGAAGGGCAUGCACAUCCACGAGUGGUGGAGUUACCAAAAACCGAAGAGGGUCUCGGUUUUAACGUAAUGGGUGGUCGUGAGCAGAAUUCUCCAAUCUUUAUAUCUAGAAUUAUCCCGGGUGGUGUUGCUGAUCGACAUGGUGGUUUGAAACGUGGAGAUCAAUUAUUAUCUGUUAACGGAGUGUGCGUUGAAGGAGAAAAUCACGAAAAAGCUGUAGAAUUGUUAAAACAGGCUCAAAACUCGGUGAAACUCGUCGUACGUUAUACCCCGAGGGUUCUUGAAGAGAUGGAGAUGCGUUUCGAUAAACAGCGAUCCCGACGACGUUCGCACGUACCUUAAAUGGAUUAAAAAUUACAAAAAUCAAACUCUCUAUGUGAAUCAAAAAACUAAUUAUUCACAAGUACCUUUGGUAGGAUCGAUACCUUCUUUGUAGAUUCGUCGUAGAUCUACGAGUUGGACCAACUUUUCAUUGUCAUUGGAAUACAAUCUUAUGGAAUUUUAGAUCUUUUAAUACUGUACCCGUGUAGCAUAUAAAAAAAGAAAUCUUAUUCGUCAAAUAAUGGAAUUGACUUGUCUGCUCACGUAUUCAGUCGCAUAACUAUGUUAAUAAAUUGUAUGUUUA